AUGGCGACAAACGUCGAUAUCCCCGUGAGCAGUGGCAUCGCCGAGGCGCCCCCGAUGGAGGAGCGGCCCAAAGUCUACGGCUGGCCGACGACGAACGAGAACGGCUACACCAUCCAGGAAGUGCCGUAUGGCACCAAGCGGCCGCGCAAGGCGAUUGUGAUCGGAGCGGGCGCCUCGGGCCUGGAUUUCGCCAAAUUCCAACAGGAUCUGCUGAAGAACUUUGAGUGUGUGAUUUACGAGAAGAACGACGAGGUGUCGGGCACCUGGACGGAGAAUCGCUAUCCUGGCUGUGCCUGCGAUAUCCCGUCCGUGACUUACCAGUACACGUGGGAGCACAAGGUCUGGUCGCAGUUCUACUCCGGUGCCAAGGAGAUCUUGGGGUACUUCCAGCACGUGGCGGAUAAGUACGAUCUGCGCAAGUACAUCAAGCUCCGGCACCAGGUCAACCAUGCGCAGUGGGACGAAGACACGGGCAAGUGGACGGUCAAGGUGAAGAACCUGGCGGACGGCAGCGAGUUUGAGGACAGCGCGGAGAUUCUGAUCAAUGCGUCGGGGAUUUUCAACUACUGGGAAUGGCCCAAAAUGAAGGGCAUCGACAAAUACAAAGGCAUCCUGGUCCACUCGGCCAACUACCCGGAAGGGCUGGAGCUGGACGGCAAGCGGAUCGCGGUGGUAGGGACCGGGGCGAGUGGGCUACAACUGACGGCGGCGCUGCAGCCCAAGGCGUCGCAUCUGUACACGUGGGUGCGGACGGGGACGUGGAUCACGUCGAGCUACGGGUCGAACAUGGCGGGCCCGGACGGCGGCAACUUCACCUACACGGAGGAGCAGAAGAAGCGAUUCAUCGAGGACCCGGAGUACUACCUCAAGUACGUGAAGGAGGUGGAGGCGCAGCUGAGCGACCCGCUGGCGGUGCUGAAGGAUACGCCGAUCACGAAGCUGGCGCAGGAGUUUUCGGCGGUGCUGAUGCGGCAGAAGCUUCGGGGCCGCGACGACCUGCUGGAGGCGCUGACGCCGACGACGUUCCCCGUCGGCUGCAAGCGCCGCACCCCGGGCAACGGCUACCUCGAGGCGCUGGUGCAGCCCAACGUCACGACCUACUGCAAGGUCGGGCUGGACGAGAUCACGGAGAAGGGCUUCCUCGACCCGCAGGGCCGCGAGGUCGAGGUCGACGCUAUCAUCCUCGCCACCGGCUUCAACACCACCUGGGUGCCGCGCUUCCCCAUCAUCGCCAACGGCAAGAACCUGCAGGACCUGUAUCGCCAGGACGCCCUGUCUUACCUGGGCGUCGCUGCCCCUCAGAUGCCCAACUAUUUCACCUUCUAUGGCCCGUACUCGCCCAUCGGCCAGGGCAGCAUCCUGGCCAUGAUGGACGUCUUCACCCACUGGAUGCUGCAGAUGAUCGACAAGAUGCAGACCGAGGACAUCAAGAGUUUCGUGCCCAAGCAGGACGUCAUUGACGAGUACGGCGAGCAUACCAAGUUGUUGAUCCAGCGUUUCGUCUGGGAUGCCCCGUGCCGCAGCUGGAUGAAGUCUGGGUCUAUCGAGAGCCCACCGAGCUCAUAUGCGGGGACCAGGACGCAAGCAAUGGAGAUUCUGGAAAAGCCGCGCUUCGAGGAUUUCGAGAUCAAGUACAAGAACCGCAACCGCUGGCAAUUCCUGGGUAACGGCUUCUCGCUCCGUGACAUCGACGGCAGGGAUAUCACAUGGUUCUGGGGACUGGUGGGCAACGAAGACAGGCAGCGGAGUUUCGACGUCUAG